AUGAGCGACGAGGAGAAGAUGAUGGAACGCAUUGGCACCUUGGUUGAGAGUAAGCUGGCUGCUUUUGAGGCCAGAUUAUUCCCGGGUGCCACGCAUCAGCAGCCAUUGGGAACGACGAAUAUGGUCACUACUAAGUCGGUGCAGCGGCUGCCCAAAUCAGCGAAACCUAAGCGGAAGAAGAAAAGGGCCUUUCAGCCGUCGGUAAUAGAUUUGCCCCCAGUAACUGAGCCGGUGCACCAAUUAACAGCACCUGUAGAGCAGAACUCAUGGGCAACUGUGGCUAAAAAGCCUAAGGCCCAGAAGCAGCCCGAGUCGAAGGAUAUUCGAUAUUUGACCAAGCAGAGUGGAAAGAGUAAGAACAAGGUCCCCCGUGCCCCUUCGUUUGCUGCUGUAACGACGCCAGUACUCCAGAGCCCGGAGACGAAGAAGGGCACCGGU